AUGUCCACCCCCAAAGUGUGGACGCAGCCAGUGUGGCAGGAAUUUCUAUCUGCUCGAAAUGCUGGACUGCCACAUCUCCCAGCUGUCGCGGAACUCAGCGCAGAAGUGGUGCGAAUACUUGGCGGAAAUCCUGGUGAUAUGCAACUGCAAGGAACCAACACAUAUCUAGUUGGAAGCGGCCAGGAACGGAUUUUGAUAGAUACAGGACAGGGAUAUCCAAUUUGGCUCACAACGCUGGUCAAUUAUCUUGACCAACACCAGUUGAGCAUAUCUCAGGUACUGCUGACCCACUGGCAUAUCGAUCAUACCGGUGGUCUCCCGGCGCUACUGGCUCGGUAUCCACAUCUAUCCACGGCGGUCCACAAGGCCCAUCCAGAUCAUGGCCAGCGUUCGAUUCGCGAUGGGCAGGCUUUUACUGCCGAAGGAACUACGCUCCGAGCCUUGUUUACGCCUGGACAUACUCAAGAUCACAUGUGCUUUAUCCUAGAGGGCAGCGGAGCUAUGUUCACGGGUGAUAAUGUGCUUGGACAUGGAGGAAGUGUUGUUGUGGAAGAUCUAGGACAGUACAUGAAGAGCUUGAAAUCUAUGACCCAAAAAGUGCGCUAUGAAGAGAUAAGAGUGGCGUACCCCGGGCAUGGUGCUGUGAUUGACGACCUGCCAGCCAAACUCAUAGUCUGGAGCCGACACUGGGAAAUGAGAGAAAAGAAGGUUUUGUCAGCUUUUGCCGGGAGCAACAUAAAGAAAAGAGCACCCUUGACGAUGCGGGAGAUCAUCGCAUGUCUCUACGGGCUCGAGAUGGAGGCGAUGGCGGGGCCUUUCAUAGCGCAGGUUCUUUCAAAACUAGUUGAUGAGGGGAAGGUUGGACUUGCUGGCGCAGGACAAGAGAAGAAGUGGUUUCUGCUAUAG